UGACAGGUUUCGGGUGUUUUACGCUCCGUGAGUAGAUCUGCUUCAGACACAGCCAGGAAGAGAAACUCUAAUUUCUCUGCUGAUUAAACCAUCAUAUAAUCUUAUUUUGCUACAUUUAAAGACACUCUACGUUUUUUGAGGCAUGACGACAGGUUUUAUACUGAUAAACACUAUCGGAUUUUGCUUUAAGCUAUUCUAGCGAACGCGGUCUGAUCGUUCAGCUAAAUGGAGCAGCAGCAGCAGCAGCAGCAGCAGCGAGGUGCCCGGAGCUUCACCCUGGACCGGCUUUCAGGCUGCGAGGCUGGGCUCUCCUCCUGCCAGCCCACCAUGCGCUUGUGUGUCACCUCCACCACCGGAAGCCCCGUGGAGCUCACUGUCCCCAGAGGAGACACGGUGGACGGACUGAGGACGCGUAUCGCCCGAAACCUCAGACUUCAAACAGAAAAGAUCGUCCUCCUGCACAAAAACACCAAGCUGACGGGAGGAAAACUACUGGACUUGGGUCUAACAGAUGGCAGCAAAGUGACCCUGGUUCCUGUCAUAGAAGCGGGUUUCCUAUGCUCUACAAACAGACCACAGAGGACUGUGAUGGACAUUUUGGGUAGUUUAACGGAAGUCCAGAUCAACGACUUCCUGUCUGGGCGCUCGCCUCUGAAUAUUAAGCUGUGUGUUGGAGCCCACAUGAUGUAUGUGCAGCUGGAGCUUUCAGCACAGGAUGUAGAAGAGCUGCAGCGGGAUGGGGAUGAGAGCGCGAGGAGCCUGCCAGCGACUGGAAGUGUGAGCCACCCUGACGCUGGCUCCAUCGGCUCCACCGCUGCCUCGCCGUCUUCUAACACGUCUACUCCUGCUCCAAAAUCUGCUGCGUGUGCAUGCAGUCGCUCAUCCUCCAUCGUCCCUGCUGUAAACUGCCACCAGGCAUCUCCCCGUCACAGCUGUCAGACAUUUUCCUCCCCGCCUCCGGCCCCUUCUUUGCCCUCCGCUUGUCCACAUCCAAGCUGCCCGGUGCCCGUCUGUCCACCUGCUCCCAGCGGAUCCAGUCCCCGACCUCCGAGCCCGACCCCCGCCUCAACCUUCACCCAGAGUAACAUUCAUGUGCCACCCACUGCACAGCUGUGCAAGCAGCCUGGAGCUGUUAUUGAGAGCUUAGUGAACCACUCUCCAGGGGUCUUCUCUGGGACUUUCUCUGGUACUUUGGCUCCGUGCACCCAGACAAGCGCCAGCCAACCCCAGCGUGGCAUCACUGUUAUUCUCCAGAUUCUCAACGACCUCCUCCAGGCUGCCUACAGCCACCAGGGGGCAGCACCCACUCACCCUCAACGCCACAGCCCGGCUUUAAACCUCCCGGUCAGCCCAGGGCGGGCCUCAGAGGCAACCAGCAGACCUAGAUGCAACCCACUGGUGACACAGAGAGCAGAGCACCCAGAUAAAGCUUCAGGUGAAGAGGAGAAUAAAACACUGCACUGUAAAUUAGAGCACCUCCACUUUCUAAUGCAUCAGAGGCGUCUCCACAGACGGACCCGCAGGAACUCCCAUCUCUCGCAACCCCCCCACCCCUACCAGCAUCCCCUCUCCCGCCCCUGAUCUCCUGCAAGCGAACGGAGCCGCUCACUGUGAACGCCGCGGCAGCUUUCUGAGGGGCGGCGGGUGCUUUGUUGCUAUUCUUACACUGAAUCUUUUCUGGAGGAAUGUAAGCUUGGAGUUUCAGAGGAGCCCUAAGCAUGUUAAAGUGUUUUCUCUGGCCCUCCCACUGUAGCCUGUGUCCGUUCACAAGUACUGUACGUGUUCGUGUUCAACGUCUUGAUGUGAUGUGUACUCGUUCUAUGUUAAUUAUUCCAAUGCCUUAAACUGCGUGUUGAAUGUAAAAACUUCAUGUUGUGUGCUUUGCCGAUGAAGAUCUACUCAAGUAGCAAUGCAAUACUGAAUUCUAAACAGUGAUGACUAAAAAUGCACCAACAAUAAAGAAAAUAAUUGAGGAA